UUUUGGAAAUUUGGAACAGUGAUGGUGGCGCCUGGACGUUUUCGCCACUGAUCACUGAUGGCGCAAAUCCGACGGCUUGGCUCCACCCCCACGCACAAUAGGAUUUUCCUGCGUAAAUGCAAGUCAGCUUCCUCAGAAAGAGAGAGAGAGAGAUUCGACCGAGAAAGAGAGAGAAAGUUGUGAGAGAGAGAGCGGAGGAGAGAACAAGGAACACGUAUGUGAAUAUCGUCCGUGUAUGGAAUGAAGGAUAGAGGGAAGAACACGACGCUCCAAUCCCCUCCUUCAUUUACCUUCUCCCUUUCGCUAUCUUGAUAUCGCUACUGUCGAUUCUUCUCGCGCGCUCUCUCCCUCUCGACUGUUUUUUCUGUAAUUGAUCGCGGAAUGUCCGGUCAAGCUUCUUCCUUGGGGGUCGGCUCGGAGGGACUUGACGAUGUUGAAGAGUUCGUCUGGUCGGAUGAAGCCGAAUCAUCAUUGCAUUGUGACCGAAUCAAUCAAGUUUCUGAUCUCAUGCAAAAAGGGAAUCUGGCAUACCGACGGAAUCGUUACGAGGAGGCAAUCAAUUGUUACUCAAGAGCCCAUUGCAUUAGACUGGGUGAUCCUGUCAUUCUCAGAAACAGGAGUGCCGCUUAUAUUAGGUUUAGCCAAUUUCUGAAACAGAGAACUUCAUCGGCUUCUGAGUGUAACCCAUUGAAUGGUCUGGAUCCUACAACACAUGCUGAGCUUGCACUAAAGGAUGCAGAGAAGGUGAUUAAUUUUCAGAGUGAUUCUGUAAAAUCUUAUAUUUUGAAGGCCCAUUCUCUCAUUUUGUUAGAAAAGUAUGAGCUGGCCCGGGAUACAAUUCUUUCAGGCCUUCAUGUUGAUCCAUUGAGCAAUCCUCUUCGGGCUUCUCUUUGGAAUUUGGAGAGGACACAACCUAUUUUAAAUGGCAGGAGAAGCCAUGUGAAGGCAGAACGUACAGAUGACUUUGACUGCACACUUUGCUUGAAGUUACUUUAUGAACCUAUUACGACUCCUUGUGGACAUUCUUUUUGCCGCUCGUGUUUGUUUCAGUCAAUGGACCGUGGUAACAAAUGUCCUCUAUGUCGAACAGUUCUAUUUAUUAGUCCAAGAACAUGUGCAAUCAGUUUGGUUCUUAACAACAUAAUACAAAAGAACUUCCCAGAAGAAUACGCUGAAAGGAAAUCGGAGCAUGACAGUCUGACAAAGUUUGGUGUAGAUAUACUGCCUCUUUUUGUCAUGGAUGUUGUCUUACCAUGCCAGAAGUUACCCCUGAAUAUAUUUGAACCACGAUAUAGACUUAUGGUGAGGAGAAUAAUGGAAGGAAAUCAUCGGAUGGGAAUGGUUGUCAUUGAUUCCACAACAAGUUCUGUAGCUGAUUUUGCUUGUGAAGUGGAGAUCACUGAAUAUGAGCCACUUCCAGAUGGACGUUUCUAUAUAGAGGUUGAAGGCCGCAGACGGUUUUGCAUUCUUCGAUCAUGGGAUCAAGAUGGGUAUCGUGUUGCAGAGGUUGAAUGGGUGCAUGAUAUAUAUCCACCAGAAGGAAGUGUGGAGUUGCAGGAUUAUACAAAUAAUGCUGCGGAAUAUGCUCGCUCAUGGAUGAGGAGGGCACAAGAUGCGGCACAGCGAGAUCAUAGAAGACUUGCAGAGCUCCUUAAUGCAGAAGCAAUGAUGCCAACACCAAAAGAUCCUGAACGUUUCAGUUUCUGGCUUGCUACUCUAUCGGACCGUAGGCCAUCAGAAAGAUUGGAUCUCCUGCGCAUAACAGAUACAAAAGAGAGGAUAACACGUGGGCUUAUAUAUCUGAGAGCAGAACAACAGGGCUGUCGACUGCAGUAAGAUAAGUCAUGACAGGUUUCGCGUGCUUCAUUGUUGUGUUGGAUGUUUUGUUAGAGAUUAAAUUUGUCUCCCACCAAUGCAGUAUAUUCUUUGGUCCAGCUUAUAGAGGUUGUUGAUUCAAAAUUGCAUACAUAGGGUUUUAAAAAACCACCAACUCAUUUAUCCAUUAUAUAUUAGUUAGCACAACUUUUUCCCCCUGAUUUCAAGGCAUGUAAAUGAGAUGAUUGUAUAUGCAUAAACACAAAAAUAAAGAAAAAUUGUUUCA